AUGUCUGCACCAGUUAAUAUGGCUCAACAGCCAAGGCAGUAUCCUCAGUCUUAUAUAUUAAAUCCCUAUGUCUUGCCUGUGCAGUAUAGAAAAGCGUCUUUCGGAAUUAGUAUUACCAUGAUUGUCCUUGGAGUUGUAACCAUGAUCAUAGGUGGUAUCAGCUUUGGCUUUUAUGGAUAUUGGCGAUACCUUAGUAUCAUCACUGGUCUUGAUUUAUGGGUUGGAUUAGGUUACCUCUUGGCUGGAAUUUUCGGAGUUGUUGUCCAUACUAAUCAAAGCAAUCCUCACUUGAAUUCUGCAACUAUCCAAUAUCGUGGUGGUCAGCAGCAAAUGAUAGCAAUUCAACCUAAUCAACCAGUUAUGGUUAUGCAACCUACCCAACCGAUGUACGUACCACAAAAUCCUGUGGGUCAGUAUUCUGUUAUGCCACCGCAAACAGUAAUCAAUUCGCCUCAAACGGUGCAAGUUGCGCAACCAGCUCAACCAAUACGGUAUCAGCAAGUUCAACAAUAUCCUAACCUACAACCAUACCAGCCUCCACAGGUUUUACAACAAUCGCAGCCACCGUCACAACCACAUAUACAGCAAGUUCAGCAAGCAAGCCAACCAAAUCCACAAUCUACUCAACAGCAAGUACAGUCAAGCUUGCAGAAUGCUCCUGGUCAAACACAGCCAAGUAUGCCACAAUCUGAAACAUCAUCGACUAGGCAACAACAACAACAUACUAAUGUGGAAGAGGAUAAAGAGGCUUUGAUUAAAAUAUCUUAA